UCACAUAAACAAACACUUACCGACUCCAACCACUACCAAUCACUGUCACAACACCAGCCCACCAACCAAAACUCCCACUAUCGAAGCAACACAAAGAGGAAUUCCUAACGCAUCGAGAGGUGAGAGCGCGAGAAGCAACAGAGAAAUGGCAAUGGCUAUGGCUCUUCGAAUACUCUCUGUCUCCUCUAGGCCCCUCGUCACCCGCUGUUUAAUCAAUCACAUGUCCUCUCUGCCUAAUGAAGCAGUGACGGAUAAAGACGCAGCUCGCGCUACUUGGAUUAAGCAACUUAAUGCUCCUCUCGAGGAAAUUGAUCCGGAGAUCGCCGACAUCAUUGAGCUUGAGAAAGCAAGACAAUGGAAGGGACUUGAGCUCAUACCUUCAGAGAAUUUCACAUCGGUCUCUGUGAUGCAAGCGGUUGGGUCUGUCAUGACUAACAAAUACAGUGAAGGAUAUCCUGGCGCUAGAUACUAUGGAGGAAACGAAUACAUUGAUAUGGCAGAGCGCCUAUGUCAAAAACGUGCCUUAGAAGCUUUUCAAUUGGACCCUGCGAAAUGGGGAGUCAACGUGCAGUCUCUAUCGGGAUCCCCUUCUAACUUCCAAGUUUACACGGCAUUGUUAAAACCACAUGAGAGAAUCAUGGCGUUAGAUCUUCCCCACGGCGGGCAUCUUUCACAUGGUUAUCAGACUGACACCAAGAAGAUAUCUGCUGUAUCCAUAUUCUUUGAAACAAUGCCGUACAGAUUGAAUGAAAGCACAGGCUAUAUUGAUUAUGAGCAGUUAGAGAAAAGUGCCGCACUUUAUAGACCAAAACUCAUAGUAGCUGGUGCUAGUGCCUACGCACGCCUCUAUGAUUAUGCACGUAUUCGCAAGGUUUGUGACAAGCAAAAGGCAAUCCUGUUGGCUGAUAUGGCACACAUUAGUGGGAUGGUGGCAGCGGGUGUCAUUUCUUCUCCUUUUGAGUAUGCAGAUGUAGUUACAACAACAACACACAAGUCACUUCGUGGUCCACGUGGGGCCAUGAUUUUCUUCAGGAAGGGGCUAAAGGAGAUAAAUAAAAAAGGCGAAGAAGUGAUGUAUGACUAUGAAGACAAAAUCAAUCAGGCUGUCUUUCCUGGACUCCAAGGUGGUCCACACAAUCACACCAUUGCUGGUUUAGCUGUUGCACUGAAGCAGGCCAGAACUCCGGACUACAAGGCCUAUCAAGAGCAGGUUCUCAGUAAUUGUUCCAAAUUUGCUCAGUGCUUGCUGGAGAAGGGCUAUGACCUAGUGUCUGGUGGAACUGAGAACCAUUUAGUCCUGGUGAAUUUAAGAAACAAGGGUAUUGAUGGAUCCAGAGUAGAAAAGGUUUUGGAAUCAGUUCACAUUGCAGCUAAUAAAAACACUGUUCCAGGGGAUGUGUCCGCGAUGGUUCCUGGUGGCAUUCGUAUGGGAACCCCAGCUCUGACAUCUAGAGGGUUUAUUGAAGAAGAUUUUGCUAAGGUAGCUGACUUCUUUGAUGCAGCCGUGAAGUUAGCCUUGAAGAUCAAGGGUGAAACCAAAGGAACAAAGUUGAAGGAUUUCGUAGCAACUUUGCAGUCAGAUACAAACAUUCAGUCUGAGAUUGCAAAGCUCCGCCAUGAGGUUGAGGAGUAUGCAAAACAAUUUCCUACGAUUGGCUUUGAGAAGGAAACAAUGAAAUACAAGGACUAAAGAAGGAUUUCUAAGGUGCAAGAUUAAAUUGCGGCCUAACGGAUUAUGAGAAUAUGGUUCAAAUGUCUCCAACAUCUGUGGAUGAAGGAGAAAGAAUAAUUUAUUAUAAAAGGAUUGCUGAUGUGAGUAGAGCACGAUGAAGUUACUCCCCAAAUCCAUACGAUGAUGGUGACUAGGUUUUCACUGGAAAUAUAGAUGCAUGUUGUCAACUGUUCUUUGCAAAAUGCUGAACCUUUAUGUUUAAUUGAAGUUAUUUCACGUAAUAAAUACCGUUUCUUCAUCACA